AUCUUUCAGCGAAUUCUGAUCAGAGUUCCUGAACGCUCAGAAUCUACUCCGAGUUUAUCAACGAGUUCAAUCUGGAUUAACGGGAGAACUCAAGCAGUUAUUCCUCUGACAUUAAACAACUAAACUACCCAUCAUUAGACGGUCAUUACCACUGAUUAUCAUCAUCUUUUCAUCAGCAGCAGAGUUUGGAUAAAAGCGGAUCAUAAUCUACAGACAUGUCGAAUCUGUGUGGCUUCGCUGACGCGAGGCCUUUGAUGUCCCAGCGCUCUCUGCCCGGCACACCAGUCACCCACAAACACCUGCCUAUCGACCUGCGCACAUCCAUGGACGGCAAAUACAAGGAGAUCGCUGAGGAGCUGCUGGCGAGGAGUCUAACGGACAGCGACAUGCGUUGUGCUCCGUACGAGUUUCCUGAAGAGAGUCCUAUUGAACAGCUGGAGGAGAAACGCCACCGUCUGGAGCGACAGAUCAGUCAAGACGUCAAGCUUGAGCCUGAGAUUCUGCUGCGGGCGAAACAAGACUUCAUGAAAAUAGACAGCGCCACAGACCUGGAGUAUCUGAAGGACAGUCAUGUGGACCAGCUGUACAUGCAUCAUAUGGAGACACUUGUGGAGAAAAACUUCCAGCGCGUGUCCAUCUCAGGAGAGGAGAAGUGUGGGGUGCCCUUCACGGAUCUGGUGGACGCAGCGAAGUGUGUCGUGAAGGCCUUGUUCAUCAGAGAGAAGUACAUGGUUCAGUCUCUGCAGACCUUCUAUAAAACCACGGGACGAUCCCUGCAGGAGCUGAGCCAGAGACCGCUGGACGACGACAUGUACAAGGACCUUCACGAGAGUCCCGGAGACUCAGACAUGUCCGUUCACGCGCCGGUGUCAGAAACACACCCAUACGAGGGACAGGACAUGAAGAACCUGCCACCGGACGCCGGAUACAGCUGCAAGAUGGUGGACGGGGUCAUUCACGUCUACACCGCACAGAGCCCCAUGGACAAGAGCACCGAGCUGGACCUGCCGUAUCCAGACCUGCAGGAGUACAUCGCCGACAUGAACGUGAUGAUGGCGCUCAUCAUCAACGGCCCUGUGAAGUCGUUCUGCUAUCGGCGGCUGCAGUAUCUGAGCUCUAAGUUUCAGAUGCACGUCCUGCUGAACGAGAUGAAGGAGCUCGCCGCGCAGAAGAAGGUGCCGCACAGAGACUUCUACAACAUACGCAAGGUGGACACGCACAUCCACGCCUCGUCCUGCAUGAACCAGAAGCACCUGCUGCGCUUCAUCAAGAGCUCGGUGAAGAAGUACCCGGACGAGAUCGUGCGAGUGCAGGACGGCCGAGGACAGACCAUGAUGGAGGUGUUCGAGAACAUGAACCUGACGGCGUACGACCUGAGCGUGGACACGCUGGAGAUGCACGCGGACAGGAACACCUUCCACCGCUUCGACAAGUUCAACUCUAAAUACAACCCCAUCGGAGAGUCCAUCUUCAGAGAGAUCUUCAUCAAGACGGACAACCACAUCCAGGGGAAGUACUUCGGACACAUCGUCAAGGAAGUGAUGUCAGACCUGGAGGAGAGCAAGUAUCAGAACGCUGAGCUGCGUCUGUCCAUCUACGGCCGAUCCAUGGACGAGUGGGACAAACUGGCUCUGUGGGCCAUCUCUCACUCCGUCUACUCCGACAACGUGCGCUGGCUCGUGCAGAUCCCACGACUCUUUGAUGUUUACCGCACUAAGCAGCAUCUGAGUAACUUCCAGCAGAUGCUGGAGAACAUCUUCCUGCCGCUGUUCGAGGUCACCAUCAAUCCCAGCAGCCACCCGCAGCUGCACCUGUUCCUGCAGCACGUGGUGGGAUUCGACAGCGUGGACGACGAGUCCAAACCGGAGAGUCACGUCUUCAACCUGGACAGUCCGUCUCCGGCGCGCUGGUGUGACGACGACAACCCGCCGUACUCGUACUACCUGUACUACAUGUACGUCAACAUGACCGUGCUCAACCACCUGCGCAGGAGGCGGGGCUUCAACACCUUCGUGCUGCGACCUCACUGCGGGGAGGCGGGGCCUAUCCAUCACCUGGUGUCCGGAUUCAUGCUGUCGGAAAACAUCUCGCACGGACUGCUGCUCAGGAAGGCUCCGGUCCUGCAGUAUCUGUAUUAUCUGGCUCAGGUGGGCAUCGCCAUGUCUCCGCUCAGCAACAACAGUCUGUUUCUGAGUUACCAUCGCAACCCUCUGCCCGAGUAUCUGUCCCGCGGCCUGAUGGUGUCUCUGUCCACCGACGACCCGCUGCAGUUCCACUUCACUAAGGAGCCUCUGAUGGAGGAGUACAGCAUCGCCGCUCAGGUGUGGAAACUGAGCUCAUGUGACAUGUGUGAACUCGCCAGAAACAGUGUGUUAAUGAGCGGCUUCUCACACAAGAGUAAGAGUCAUUGGCUGGGUCCUGAUUACACUAAAGAGGGUCCCGUCAGUAAUGACAUCUGGCGCACAAACGUCCCAGACAUCCGUGUGGGGUAUCGAUACGAGACUCUGUGUGAAGAGCUGCACCUGAUCACGCAGGCCAUCCGAACACAGGAGCUGGACAGAAUCGAGGAGGAGGAGGGGCUGUCAUUCACGUCCAGCCAAUCAACAAACUAGAGAUGAGCCCUGACCCCACCCACACACCACCUGUCCAAUCAACACACUCAAGAUCUGAUCUGACCCCGCCCACACACCACCUGUCCAAUCAACACACUCGAGAUCUGAUCCUCCUACAUUCCACCUGUCCAAUCAACACGCUUGAGAUCUGAUCUGACCCCGCCCACACACCACCUGUCCAAUCAACACGCUCGAGAAAUGAUCCGCCUACAUUCCAAUUGUCCAAUCAACACGCUCAAGAUAAGAUCUGACCCCACCCACACACCACCUGUCCAAUCAACACGCUCGAGAAAUGAUCCGCCUACAUUCCAAUUGUCCAAUCAACACUCUCAAGAUAAGAUCUGACCCCACCCACACACCACCUGUCCAAUCAACACGCUCGAGAUCUGAUCUGACCCCGCCCACACACCACCUGUCCAAUCAACACGCUCGAGAUCUGAUCUGACCCCGCCCACACACCACCUGUCCAAUCAACACGCUCGAGAUGUGAUCCGCCUACAUUCCAAUUGUCCAAUCAACACCCUCAAGAUAAGAUCUGAUCUGACCCCGCCCACAUAUCGCCUGUCCAAUCAACACCAUGAGAUCUGAUCUGACCCCACUCACACACCACCUGUCCAAUCAACACGCUCGAGAUCUGAUCUGACCCGCCUACAUUCCACUUGUCCAAUCAAAACGCUUAAGAUGUGGUCUGACCCCGCCCACAUGUCGUCUGUCCAAUCAACACACUCAAGAUCUGAUCUGACCCCGCCCACACACCACCUGUCCAAUCAACACGCUUGAGAUCUGAUCUGACCCCACCCACACACGACCUGUCGAAUCAACACACUCAAGAUCUGAUCUGACCCCGCCCACACACCACCUGUUGAAUCCACACACUCAAGAUCUGAUCUGACCCCGCCCACACACGACCUUUUGAAUCAACACACUCAAGAUCUUAUAUCACCUGUCCAAUCAACAUGCUUGAGAUCUGAUCUGACCCCACCCACACACCACCUGUCCAAUCAACACGCUUGAGAUCUGAUCUGACCCCACCCACACACCACCUGCCCAAUCAACACGCUUGAGAUCUGAUCUGACCCCACCCACACACCACCUGCCCAAUCAACACGCUUGAGAUCUGAUCUGACCUGCCUACAUCUCACUUGUCCAAUCAAAUCGCUCAAGAUGUGAUCUGACCCCGCCCACAUAUCUCCUAUUCACUCAGCAAGCUCAAGAUUAGAUCUGACCCCGCCCACACACCACCUGUCCUUCCUUUCCUCUCAUGUUGCUGCAUGUUUAGAGACGUUUUAGCCAUGCAUCGCUAUUGUACGACGUUACACCUCCAUCAGGACGUCACGCUCCCGCACGUGCCUUUUACUGUAGAGACUUUUAUUUUGAAGGCUUUAUUUGAUGUGUCUGUGAUUAAAAAACCUAAUCCUAACUACAAUUAUUAACUUGAAAAUCUAAAUGUAAAACUAAACUGAAAUAAUUCAAGUUUUUUUUUAAUACUAUAUUAACACCAGUUAAUAUAAAAAACAAUCAUAUCAAUAUUAUGAUAGUAAUAUAUUUUAAAUUAUAGAUUUUAAUAUAUUGAUAAUAAUAUUAUUAUAAAUAUAGUUAGUUUUAAAAUGUUUCUGUAAAAAAGACCUAAAAACUAUAGUUCUAUUUUACAUUAAUAUUUAGUUUUUACCAUUAAAGUUGAAAACUAAAUAUAAUUUACACCAUUAUACAUAUUAAUAUCCAUAAUGAUAUAAAGUCUAUAUUAUUAAAUUGUAAUAUUAAUUAUAAUAUGUUUUCAACAUUAAUAUGUUAAAAUCGAUAAGUAAUAAUGCUAUUCAUAUAGUAUUAUAAAUAAAAUGAUUAUAUAUGCUAUUAUAUGAAUAGUAGCACCCCCCCCCCCCACCCCUUAUGUCUUUUGCUUUAGCUACUGUUUGACGGUUUAUUUUGGGAUUAGAAUUCACUGUGAACACAUCUUUCAAUCUUUUGUUCAUUUAUCCGUUAUAUUUUCUCGUCAUUUUAAAGGGUUUAUGUUGUCUGAAGGCUGAACUGUUCAGAAGUGAAUGUGCUCCAGUCCUGCAGGAGGCGCAGUUGAGACAAAACCUCUGUUUGUUUUACUAAUAUUAAACCUACUGAACUCACCAAACCUUCCGUUUCUGUGAUGUUUACAAAGUAGUUUAUUUAACAUAUCUUAUACGCUCGACAUUGAUGUUAGUUUUGAGUUUGUAGCAUUUUCCGAUCCAGCAUGUGUUCGGUAGAUUGAGUUGACGCUAUACUGACUGUUAAUCGCCAUACAGUAUCUUGACACUGAACUAAUAAAUAACACCAAACGUGACUCAAAAAAAGCCUAAUUUAUAGAAACUAGCACAUAAAUCCAGAGCAGAGCAUGACGCACAACAUGCUAGAAAGCAAGUGAUAAUGAAUAGCUGUACGAAAUGUAUCUAUUUUUUGUGAGAAUGAGUGUUUUGUUGAUUUUAAUAAAGCAUGUGUUUAAUCUCA